UCUCCACUACGCCUCACCUCCCUCCUGCUACGCUCCCUCCGCCAACCUUUCUAGCUAGCUCUCUGCCGGCAGAACCCCAGGCCCCAGACCCCCCAAGGCCCACAACACACCUCUCUCCUAGGCAGAAGCAGGACGUGUCUGUAGGAAUAAGAAAGAAUGGGUGGCUACGAGUCUAACAUGGACGAUAUCCUGGCAGAGGACAUGCACCACUGGUACAAUAAGUUCAUGAAAGAGUCUCCUUCGGGACUCAUCACGUUGUUUGAGCUGAAGACGAUGCUGGAGAUGCAGGGGAUGACAGAAGAAGCUAGCAGCUACGUCGACCAGGUCUUCUUUACCUUCGACAUGGACGGGGACGGAUAUAUAGACUUCGUAGAAUACAUAGCAGCAGUCAGUCUGAUGCUGAAAGGAGAAAUCAACCAGAAACUGAAAUGGUACUUCAAACUUUUCGAUCAGGACGGAAACGGCAAAAUUGACCAAGAUGAAAUGGGGACAAUAUUCAAGGCUAUCCAGGACAUCACCAGAUGUUAUGAUCCUCCUACGGAGGAGAUUGUGACCCUCAUCUAUGAGAAGGUUGACAUAAAUAACGAAGGUGAGUUGACUCUGGAGGAGUUUAUCGAAGGAGCCAGGGACCACCAAGACAUCAUGGAGAUGUUGGGAAAGAUGAUGGACCUCACCAACGUUCUACAGAUCAUUGUCAACGGACAGAAAAUGCAGGUCAAAUCACCCGAAUGAUGAUGACGUCACUUCC